AUGGAAACACCAGCCUACCCGAGCUCGGCACACUUCGCUGCCAGCUUUGCCAUGGUCGGCGGUCAUCCUCCUAUCAUAUCAAUCACUCAAUAUAUCCCUCAACUUCCCCUGGAGAAGGGAUCUGCUCGCGAAGGCGAACUGGCUGUGCGGCGAAGAAAGCCAGGGUCCAAGUCUCCCAUGGCACCCUCCCGGUGA